ACACUCAGUCUCGGUUCUGCUCUCAGCCAGUUCGCAUCGAUUUUUAUGCCUCUCGCACUAUAUACAUACAAAGACGUACAUAGCCGCCCGCCCGCCAGCCACAAGCGAGUCUCGCGCAGCGUAUAGCAGCUCCUCGCCUUCUUUAUACGCACGCGCGUGGCUGCUAAAGCGAAUUUGCAGUUUGCACAGCAGCAGCAUAGCACGCACACACUGUAGCCACUCUAACAUAUACAGACACACAGAUAGAGCACACACGGAGCCAAGCUGGCAGACUCUUCACUCUCCUCGCAGCUUUUUCGCGCAUUACAUGUACUUCGGAGCAGUGGCCAUACAGCAGCAACGGAAUAGUGCUCCGCAGCACGCCAGAGCCAACGCCAGUCAGCAGCAGCAGCGACGCUUUCUCGCUUUUAUCGUUGUUUUGACUCCUCGCUGUUUACAGAACAGCAGUGCGCUUACACCGUGAGCUGCAGAAAGGGCAGUGCGCGAGCGAACGAAAGAAAGAGACAGACGGACGAACCGAGCGGACUAGCCGCUUGCGUAAACACAGUGACGUAUUAAAAUAUAAAAAUAUUAAAAAAAAAUCUUGCUAAAUGUUUAGCAGGCUCCGUAAUUAAUAUAUUUAAGCAGUGAUCGUAUCGUAUUGUAUUGUAAAUAUAAUAUAUCGUAACAUAACAUAUCGUUCUCUGUGUGCGUCGGUGUUUGUUGUUUUCGUCGUUACAUGUGCUUGAUAAAAGGGGGUGCGCGUCCACUAAACGAACAGACAGUACACAAACGUUAUCGACAAGUGAAUCCGUAAAGUUUUCGGGAAGCGUCAGUGAGUAAUGAGCUCGGCGCAUCAUCCACAAGUAUGAGCUGUAGCGUCAAGCAGAUCACCAGUGCAGCGGCCAAGAGCUGGAGCAGCAGCAACGGCAGCGCUAACCCGAGUCAAAGUACCUCUCAGGGAGGCAACAGCGGCAGCGCUUCUACUCAGCAGACUCCGAAUCGUCGGAUCAAUUCCCUUGCCGAAGAGGUCGUUGUCACGAUCCCUGGCAACGGCGGCAGCAAUGCUUCGCCUCAGCAGCAGCAGCAACAGCCGCAGCAAUUAAUCGUCGCCGCGAGCGCAGCAGCAGCAGCAGCGGCGGCAGCGGCAGUGGCUAACAAUGCAGCAACGCAAAGUCAAAUUCAGCAGCGCACCAACAGACUGGCCUUAGCCAAGAAGGGCGAGGACACGGCCAAAUUGCUAAGAUACAUCGACGACAACGUCGUCGGCAAGAAUGGCACCUUUCUCGGGCCCUUUGGACGUCGCAAAGUUGUCUACUGCGACUAUACUGCCACAGGCCGAUCUCUGCAGUUUCUCGAAGACUACAUCGUAAAAGAAGUACUGCCGUAUUUAGGUGAUACAAGGGCUUCCACGACAAUAUGCAGCCUGCAGUCGUCGCUCUACAGGCACGAAGCCAGAGGAAUAGUGCGCCACGCGGUCGGCGCUGGAGACCAAGACGCCGUGCUGUUCACGGGCCAAGGCACGGCCGGUGCUCUGCGCUGUCUGCUGCGAAAUCUCGAUCUCAGCACGCCCACCUGCGUCUUCGUCGGUCCGUUCGAGCAUCACGCGAAUCUCAGACCUUGGCGCGAGUACCACGUUAGGCUGGUGCGCAUCGACGAGACCAGAGAGGGCUUCCUCGAUCUCAAUGACCUGGAGCGCAAGCUCAUCAAAGAGCGCGCGGAAAAUCCCACGUCCCGGAUGAUCGGCUACUUCAGCGCGGCCAGCUGCAUCACCGGCGUGCUCGCCGACGACGUGGCCACCACCUUGUUGCUCAGGCAGUACGGGGCUCUCAGCAUCUGGGACUACACCUCGGCAGCUCCUUACGUCAAGAUGGAGAUGAAUCCGAACCUGCCGGGCGUGGUCGAGACGUCGGUGCACAAAGACGCCAUCAUUUUCGCCGGCCACAAGUUCAUCGGUGGAGCUCAGUCGCCCGGUGUUCUGGUGGUCAAGCGCAGCCUCCUCAACGAGGACAUCACGGCCGAGGACAUGCGCGACUCGCAUCGCUACCUGCGCGACCCCGAGCUCCGAGACGAGAGCGGCACCGCGGGCGUCAUCGAGGCCAUCAGGUGCGGCCUGGCCGUCCAUCUGAAGGAGAACGUGACGCAUCAGGCCAUCGCCGCGAGGCAGGAGAAGAUCACCCGUCAGGUCUUGGCGCACGUGCGCACCAUCCCCGAGCUGACGCUGCUCGGCUGCAGCUCGCAGAACAUCAAGCGCUUGCCGACUUUCUCCUUCAUGGUGCGACAUCCGCGCGGCACCUAUCUCCAUCACAACUUCGUCUGCGCCGUGCUCAACGACGUUUUUGGCGUCCAGGCCCGUGGGGGAUGCGCUUGUGCCGGCAGAUACGCCCACGACCUCAUGGGUAUCGAUCACAAGCUGGCUAAAGAAUACGAGGCGCUGCUCUUGCAUAGGAGUGAAUUAAACACUCACGAAGAUACGAGUGCAGAAACUCUGCGUCCUGGCUUCGCCCGACUAACUUUCCCGUACUUCAUGUCCGAGGCAGAGGUUGCCUUCGUUCUCGAGGCCCUGAAGAUGGUCGCCACGGAGGGCUGGAAACUGCUGCCGCAGUACGUGCUCGAUCCCGAGAGCGGCGAGUGGCGCCACCACACCAACAGCGUCUUCAAGGAUCGUCGCUGGCUCGGCGCGAUUCGCUACACCGACGGUCGCAUGAGCGCCACCGAGAGGCGCAUCUCCGGCGCCGGAGUCUUUCCCCAGAGUCACGGCGACUGCCUGCACACGGCGCGCAACACCUUCAAUCGAGCCCGCAAAAUGGCCCAGAGGAGCCAGAUGCAGGUCGAGCGCAGCGUUUUCUACGACGAGAAGAGCGAGUCCCUCAGGUGGUUCAUGCUGCCGCACGAGGCGCAGGAUCUUUUACUCGGCCAUUCGCAGAACGUCAAGCACAACGUACCCUUCGAUCCAUCUAACUACAAGCUGGCUUUACUCGAGGCUUCCUGCGGUAUCCGUAGGUUGAACAGCGACGGUCCACGGCCAGGAUACAACCCACACAAUCCGCCGAUAGUUAACUCGCCGCGUCACCGGAGCUUACCGGCCCUCAGUUGUCCGGUUGAAUUGAAGAUUCGACAGCGAAGCGGCAGCACGAAAUUGGACGACGAGGAGCCACCUCUGCUGCUUCUGGGUCAAAAGUCACCAGCCACUUGUCCCACCUCGCCCAUGCCAACCACGAAAUUUGCCGUCGGCGAGGCCGUUACAACCGCUGCUGCAAGCAUUUUAGGCACGAGUCCGGUGAAGAGUUGCACGAUCGCCACGGUAAACACAGACGCCAGUCCAACCAAACAAGAGGAUACAAAAUCAUCGACCAGUGAGAGCAACAACAGCGACGAGUCCGAUGCCUUGUCUUUCGUCGCUCGCACUCGUUGCAACUCGCUCGGCAGUUCGGCAAAUUGUCGCUCGAGGAGCGCCUCCAAUGGUACUACCAGUACACCGGUGCCGAUACCACUGAGUCCGCAGACUUUGGCCAGUUUGGGUAUUGCAGCCACCAAUGGCGCCAACAUGCGGCAUCGUCACUGCAGUUGUAGCAGUCAAACGGACCUGAAUGGAUCGCUCGAUCCCGAGAAUAAUAAUUGUAGCCCCGGCAGAUCUGCAUCUUCGCUGGGACAUGUGCCUAACACCUCACCUGGUGGUUCUUGUUCGUCUUCCUUUGAAUCGGCACUGAGCGGCACUAGACUCGGACGAUCGUCUCCCGUAUUAUCGUGCGGAAUGAGCCACAGUUCGGAGGACGAUUUGCGCGCCUAUUUAACAGAGGUCACCAAAGAAUUAGCAACCGAGAUCAAGUCCGAAAUUCGUGAGGUCAUUUCUAAAGUCGACGAUGCGCUGUCUGAGACCAUCACCAACGAUUCGAGCGUGCUUUAUCCGCGUCAAGUUGAAAAACAGCAACAACAGCAGCAGCAACAACAGGAUUCGUCUUUCACAGCCAGCGACAUAGCCGACUACCUCAUGGAACUUUCCAAAGAGAUGGCCAGCGAAGUUAAGUCGGAGAUCCGAUGCAUGGUCAAUUCCGUCGAUGGAUUGAACAGGUACUCGCCGGAUGACAAGUCGUCUUCGGGUUGCGCCUCGCCGUCGGAACGCCGUCGUGGCUUUUUCCAUAGCCAAAACUCAUCGCGAUCGCGCACCCCCAUACUGCCGAGCAGCAAAGUCAGUGAGCUCGCUCAGCAGGACAGCAAGAUGUCUUCCGAGUGCUCCUCCGACGAGACCGUCAUCUACGUGGUUAAAUCAUCGUCGAGCAGUGCUGACAAGGACAGCAGCGGCGACAAGAAGCGAGUCAAGAGUAACACCGACGACGAGGAGGAUCACAGCGAGCCGGAAAAGGCCCUGCCACCGAAGAUCUAUUCGACCGUCAAUUCGGUCAGCUCGCAGGACAGCGGAAUCAAUUUGUCGUUUCACGAGAGCGACCGAUCAGUCGAUGGUACGCUCGGACCGGAGUUGGGUCGCAGUAGCAGUGCCGAGUCUACGUUCUCGCGACGGCCCCGUUUUCACACGACAACCUCGAGUAACUCGCUGCCUCUUGGCAAACCCGCCUAUCGAGCUAAUCAAAAUGACGAUCUGUCCGAGGACGACGAGAUAUUUUUCUCUGCCUCGCAGCAGCACAGCAGUGGCGAGAGUAGUGCCGGUGAAGAGCAGCUUGGAAUAAAUGGUAGCAGUCUGUGGCACUGUCCACCGAAAAAUAUUUGGAAACCUGCGGUCGAAGCCAUGCAAGAGUACGACAUGGUUAAAGACGGAGAUCGGGUCCUCUUGUGCUUGGCAAGCAACGGCAAGAGUUCCAUGACACUACUCCACACUCUACAUCAGUACCGAUUUUAUGCGCGAUCCAAGGGUAUCGAGUUCGAGAUCGGUGUCGCUAACGUGACAACGAGCGAAGACGAGGACUCUUCUGCAGCAGUUGCAUACUUCGAGGCUCUGUCGGUGCCCUACUUCUCCGAGCCCGUCACCAAAGAUGAAUUGACAGAGAAACCUGUAUCAGCGUCUUGCACGACUUUUUGCGAAAAACCAAUCAGAGCCAAGCUCUACAAUUUAGCAAAGAAAAAUAAUUACAACGUGUUGGCGCUUGGGCAAAAUCUAGACGAUCUCACUGAAGGAUUUUUGGGAUCAGUUUUCAGUCAUGGUAAGCUACGAACCAUGAAAGCACAUUACUUCAUCAGAGAGCAAGAGCUUCGAGUAAUCAGGCCCUUCGUGUACGUUAGAGAAAAAGCACUGGUGCAAUUUAUCGAAAGCAAAAAGCUACCCAUUUUUAAGGAAACUCUUCCCUUGGAAACAAUCCAGAAAAAAAGUGACGACCUGAUAAGCCGUCAAGAGGCCUCGCAUCCACGUGUGUACUGGUCGAUACGCUCGGCCCUGCGACCGCUAAUCUCGGCACAGAAUUUGAACACCGAAAACGAGUCGCCGUCACAGAAACGUCAGCAUCAACAUAGGCGGCCGCGCACCAACUCGUUCAACAAUACGUCGUCCAACAGUCCAAGCUCGACAACGAGCAGUAGCUCGUCAAUCUCUUCGAUGGCCUCCUCGACGCAACAGCCGGAAGACGAAGAGACGGACGAGGAGCCGGUUUUGUGAAAUUCGUCGCUGGAGCUCGUCGAUUGGAGCUCCUCGACGACGAGGCGGCGCAGUCUUUUCGCCACUAAACGGCUCGGUAAUGCCGCACGACAAUACUAGGGGCGAAAAGAGGCACGCACGCACAUUCCGAUUUUUUAAGAAUAAGACACCGAUUAAAAGGGUGAUAAAUACUCUUAAACACACAUACGUUGUUCAAAAUUAAACCUCAGAAAAGAUGUUUUCUAAUUGGCCACUUGUGAAGAUGUCGUAGUUUUAAUUACAUUAAAAUAAUGUUUUGAAUCAACUUUAAAAAGUUCAUGUCGCGUACAAGUUGAGCUAUAUAGUAAAGUGGCAUUGACUGAAUUGAGGUUACGCAACGUGCCACCGAGUGAUACGUGUAUAUUUCUUCUUUUUUCAUUGUAAAUGUCUCAUCCGUCACUUUCUCUCUCUUUUUUUUGUCUGUCUUUCUUUCUUAAUCUUCGAUUGUCGUUGUUCGCAAGCUCGUACGCACACGCGAUUAUUUUUUAUAUUUUUAUAAAUGGAGGUGUGCGUGCAAGCGCGUGAUCAUCGUUAAAUUGUGAUUUCGAGCUUUCGUACUUGAAUUUUUACAAAAAGAAUUACAAUGAAAACUGAAGUUUUCCAUCGUUAAGACUAAAAUUUAAUCUAAUAAAGAAUGAUACUUUCUCUUUUCCAUUUUUGCUAAUCUUUCCUAUUGUGUUGCGACUUUUUAUUCAAUUAUGCGAAUUAUUGUAUUAAGGGUUCUUCUUUAUACCAGAUUUAGCUUUUGCAAUUGUCGCAACGCAUUGACUCUAUACAUACUCCGUAGCUUUCGUUCGUUUUAUUAAACUUAUUUAUUGUGAGGGCAAAAGCAACAUUAGCAUUUUACAAACGGUGUAAAAUAUUUAGUGUAUAUUGCUCGGCGCUUUAAAAGGUAUAUUCCUCUUACGCUGUAUUAUACAAAGAAAAAAAUGAAAAUAAAAACAAAAUGUGGCAGCAUUUCAACUGUCGUAUUAUGGCCUUUAUGAUUUUAAGGACGUAAAAAUGCUAAGCUAAUGAUGAAAAAGCUUUUAUAAUAGAACAGAAGCUAUUUUCUUAUCGAACUUUAAAGCACAAUUGCAUGACGAGUUUGAAAAAGCUUGAUGAAUUUGCAAGCAUUGUAGCUUGAAAAAAAUUUGAACUAGCUGUAAUAAACAUUGUAUACAUGAUAGUGUCGGUGAAUAGUACGAUUAAUACUAAAAUGUAAAAAAAUCGGCUGCUUGCUUGUUCCCUGGAAACGAGAAUUUAUGGAGCCGAAUUUUGAAAAAUAUUUAACUCUGCAUGUUUCGUAGAUACCUAAAUGAUUUUAAUUUUGCAAAUACACUAUAACGUAUAUUAUAGAUGUGCAUAUGCGACGUAUUUUAAAGCUGAUGAAAAGGGCAUAUUUUUUCCUCUGUAAAUAGUGAGAAUGUAUUCCUCAUGUUUGUAGAUUAUAAAAAGGUAUAAAAUACAUAUAUCAAAUGUUUAAUAAAGUUGUAUUGACAAAAGUUGAGAAAAAAAUUUUCAAUCUAUAAAACAGUACUUAAGGCGUCAACAUAUUGAUGUCCAAUGAAAAAAUGUAAAAUAACGAAAAAAAAAGAAAAAAAAAUAACCGACGACGCAAGUUUGUUUCCGAUUGCAAGGCUUAUUGUAUGGAUUCAUCGCUAUUGGAUCUGUCAAUAAUAUACAUUCAUAUAUAUCCAACUGGCGUAGAAUGUAAAUAUUGGAUAAAAGAAAUUGCUUGUACCGCUUAAAGAAAACAAAAAUAAAAAUCGAGGCACUCGCGAAAUUAUUGAAUGCAACAAAAAAAAACAGUUCAUGUAGCGCUAAAUUUCACUUAUUUUUGCUGUUUACAAUCACCAAUGUUUUAAAAGCUAUGCUCAUAAAAAAUUUUCUGUACAUUAUUUCUAUUUAAAGGAGAUCGCACUUUACUGCAUUUUUGCGUCGCAGUGCAUUGCACGUUAGCCAGGCAAAAUGAUUAUCCGGUUAUAAACAGAAUCAUUUUUGAAUGUUAUCCGUUACUCUUCAAACUGUGCCUGAAAAAGCAUGAGUAAAUAUUCCUUUUGUUAAAUUUUGUGAACCUGCAAAAAAUAUAUGAGAACGUGAAAAAAGUGAAGUAACUAUUAUGAUUAUUUUGAAUGAUGUUUCAGGGUGUGUGAUCUUUACGUUACCUUUUUUAUAAGCAAUGUAUUUCAAUGCCAUUAUCAUGACAUAUAUUUAUCAAUUUUUUCAUUCAUUUUUUUACGUGGUUCGAAUAGGUACAUGAGAGCCGGGUAAGAAUAAUUGAAUUAUGUACCAUUGUUACAUAUUAUAUAUUGUAAGGCUAUCCGUGUCUUGUGUAAAUAUUUCAUAUUGUUUGAUAAUUGUGAAGAAAAUAUCAUAAAUAAUCAGCAGCCAAAAUGAAAUCACGUUGUGAUUAUAAAACAAACAAAUUUACUGACUAUUUGAAAAGACUUGAAUUAAAAAACCAAGAAUCGUAAAUUUUGUCAGAAUAAUCUUUAUUCUGACUAUAUCCGAUUCACACAACGAAUUUUCUUCCACAUUACUGUAUAACCAUUUGUUAAUUGUAAUUUUCAUAUUAAUUUUAAGAAAAUUUACCGAAACGCAUGUAGUACCUUUGACCCAACCAUCAACGUUGUUCUCUUUACCUGCUUUCUCCCUUUCUUCGGAAGGGUUAACGCGACUUUUUAUAUAUGUGUACGAAACGUGUUUAUGAAAAACUAAAUGAUUAAACAUGAAGUCUAUUUACUCGUAGAUAUAUUUUCCUGAUUCACAAAUGUACCUUGACGAACGAACGACUGGGUCGCAAAGUUUUGAAAACUUAAGGAAAAAGUUCUUGAAUUUACGACGAAAAACUUAUUAACCCUUGUACCGUUGGAUCGUUUAUGUACAUUGAGUCUCAUUAUGUGUCAGGUGAUGUAAGAAACAAACCUAGAAAAAAAUCUACGUGUAGAUCUUAUAUUUUCGGAGCGUUAUGGAUACAUUGUUAUUGUAUAGAAAUGUAAGUUUAUUUAUCACUAAUAAAAGAGAAAUUAA